AUGUCCUCUUGCCUUCACCUUCACCUUCUCCCUCCCGUCUGUUUCCCGUAUCCUUCUCACCCGCUUCCCUUUUCCCGCCACAAACCUCUUUAUCUUCUACGCGCCACACCAACCUCUGCGACGGCGGAGGUAGUCACCGACGGCGUUGAUGGCGCAUCUUCGAAACCUGUCUCUCAGUCACGCUCUCCGGAGUGGUGGAUUGAUUCCCUCCGGUCGAAAGUUCGAUCCGGUUUGCUACGUGAAGCCGUCUUGAGUUACAUUGACAUGAUUGUUUUCAGUAUCAAACCCAAUAAUUAUGCCUUCCCUGCUCUGCUGAAGGCUGUAGCCGAUCUUCAGGACAUGGAUUUGGGAAAACAGAUUCACGCCCAUGUGUAUAAAUUUGGCUACGGGGUGGAUUCCGUGACUGUCGCUAAUACUCUUGUGAAUUUGUAUAGAAAGUGUGGAGAUUUCGGGGCUGUCUAUAAGGUGUUCGAUAGAAUCUCCGAGAGAAACCAAGUCUCUUGGAACUCUAUGAUUUCUUCACUGUGCAGCUUUGAGAAGUGGGAAAUGGCGUUAGAGGCGUUUCGGUGUAUGUUGGAUGAAAACGUGGAGCCUAGCUCCUUUACCUUGGUGAGUGUGGCUCUUGCUUGCUCGAAUCUGCGUAUCGACGAGGGGUUGGUGAUGGGUAAGCAGGUUCACGCCUAUAGUUUGCGAAAAGGUGAGUUGAAUUCGUUUAUCAUCAACACGUUGGUCGCUAUAAAAGAAGCGAUCCAUGGAUUUGUCGUGAAAAGAGGUCUAGACGGAGACAGGUUUGUGCAGAAUGCACUCAUGGAUAUGUAUUCGAGGCUGGGGAAGAUCGAUGUCUCCGAGAUGAUAUUCGGUAAAUUGGAAGAUAGAGAUUUAGUUACAUGGAACACGAUGAUCACGGGUUAUGUAUUCUCAGAAUACCACGAGGAUGCGCUUGUUGUGCUUCACAAGAUGCAAAACCUUGAAAGAAAAGCGAGCGAAGAAAUUACACUAAUCCUCUCGCUCUCUAUCUUUUUCGCUGUGACUUGUUUUGGUAUCUCUGAUUCGGAGUUUGGUUUCGGGGUUUUGGAGGUUCGGGGAUUGAAUCUGAUGUUGGUUCAGGAUCGUGUGGCUCCUAAGCCGCCAAAAUCUCGGAUCAAAGAACUUUCUAUUCACGGACAUAGCCACCGAAUCGCUGAACCCAGAAAUCUAGAUUUCUCUUCAUGGUUUUCCGACAAUGUCUACAGAGUUUUCGUCUUCUUCCUCUUCGUUGUCACCGUCGCUGCUUUCUUCUUCCUCUACAACACCACCGACACUGCUUCUCUCCUUUGCUUCCAGUCCCAAUCAACUCAGUCGAUUCAGUCUCUCACUCGGCCUCAAAUCAACUGGAAUACGAUCCAAAUCGUUUCCGACAAAACCUCCCCGUACGCUAAUUUCCGUACGGAGAAAUGGAUCGUGGUGUCGGUGACCAAGUACCCGACGGAGGAGCUCAAGGGUUUGGUGAAGAUCAAAGGAUGGCAAGUUCUAGCGAUCGGAAACUCUUUAACCCCUAAAGAUUGGAAUCUCAAAGGUGCGAUUUUUCUCUCUCUCGAUGCUCAAGCCGAGCUCAAUUACCGGAUUUUGGAUCACUUGCCUUACGACUCCUUCGUGCGCAAAAGCGUCGGCUACUUGUUCGCGAUCCAGCACGGCGCAAAGAAGAUCUACGACGCGGACGAUCGCGGCGAAGUGAUCGAUGGAGAUCUCGGGAAACAUUUCGAUGUAGAGUUGGUAGGUGAAGACGCAAGGCAAGAACCAAUCUUGCAGUACAGUCACGAGAACCCGAAUCGAACUGUGGUGAACCCUUAUAUCCAUUUCGGGCAACGAUCGGUUUGGCCUAGAGGUUUGCCGUUAGAGAACGUAGGCGAGAUCAAUCACGAAGAGUAUUACACUGAGGUUUUCGGUGGCAAGCAGUUCAUACAGCAAGGGGUUUCCAACGGCUUACCGGAUGUUGACUCUGUCUAUUACUUCACCAGGAAGACGACUUUCGAGCCGUUUGAUAUCAGAUUCGAUGAGCAUUCUCCUAAAGUGGCGUUGCCUCAGGGUAUGAUGGUGCCUGUGAAUUCGUUCAACACGCUAUACCAUUCCUCGGCGUUUUGGGGACUGAUGCUUCCUGUUUCGGUUAGUUCCAUGGCUUCGGAUGUGAUUAGAGGUUACUGGGGACAGAGGCUUCUAUGGGAGCUUGGUGGUUAUGUCGCUGUCUAUCCACCAACGGUUCAUCGGUAUGACCGAGUCGAAGCUUACCCUUUCUCGGAUGAGAAGGAUCUCCAUGUCAAUGUAGGUCGUUUGAUCAAGUUCUUGCUUGCUUGGAGAUCAGAUAAGCAUAGAUUCUUCGAGACGAUUCUUGAUUUGAGCUUUGUUAUGGCUGAGCAAGGUUUUUGGACAGAACUCGAUGUGAAGUUCACAGCUGCUUGGUUACAGGAUCUGCUUACUGUAGGAUACCAGCAGCCUCGGUUAAUGUCACUUGAACUGGAUCGGCCGCGAGCAACCAUCGGUCAUGGAGACAGAAAAGAGUUUGUUCCUAGAAAGCUACCUUCGGUUCACCUCGGGGUCGAGGAGAUAGGCACAGUGAGCUCUGAAAUCGGGAAUUUGAUCAAGUGGAGGAAGAAUUUCGGGAACAUCGUGCUUGUUAUGUUCUGUAACGGACCUGUGGAACGGACAGCUCUUGAAUGGAGGUUGCUCUACGGUCGGAUAUUCAAAACCGUUGUCAUUUUAUCGUCUCGGAAAAACUCAGAGCUUUACGUCGAAGAAGCUAAACUCGAUCACAUCUACAAGCGUCUACCGAAGAUAUUCGAUCGGUACAGCAGCGCAGACGGGUUUUUGUUUGUUGAAGAUGAUACAGUUCUCAAUUACUGGAAUCUACUUCAAGCCGACAAAACUAAGCUCUGGACCACAGACAAGGUGACUGAGUCAUGGACGACGGUGAAAUCAGCUGGGAAUUCCGAUUGGUAUUCGGUUCAGUUGGAAUUGGUUAAGAAAAUUGUCGGUACAAUGCCGGUUAAUUUCCAAGUCAAUUACAAGGAAGCUACAAAGAAGAGCCAUGAAACAGUGUUAACGGUAUGCAGCUCAGAAGUGUUCUAUGUCCCUAAACGCUUCGUUGCUGACUUUAGCGAUCUUGUUAAUCUCGUGGGCGAUAUGGAUUUGCAUUACAAAGUGGCUCUGCCUGUGUUCUUCCUGUCGAUGGAUUCGCCUCAGAAUUUUGACCCGGUUCUUGGUUCGAUGGUAUAUAAGAGAGAACCAGCUUCGUUUAACUCUUCCUUGAGCUUGUACUCUGCGGAAGCACCCGCGGUUCAUCCUUGGAGCAUCUCGAGCGAACAAGAUUUCAUCAAAUUGGUACAAAAGAUGGCCCAAGGUGAUCCACUUUUGAUGGAAUUGGUAUGAUUCGAAACAAAGAGUAUAAAUACUGUAGCUGCAGCAAUGAAUGGUUUGUUAGAAACAGAAGAUUGUUAUCAUUUGUGUUAUACGAAAAUGUCUUCGUCGAUUCUUUUUUUUUUUUUGCUUCUCUUUAUGUAAUAUUUUUCCAUGUAAUCAUCAUAUAAUUUUUCCUUCUUGAUGUUUCUAAUUUUUCAAGAUUAAAAUGUUGAAAAGAUGCAAAAAAAUGUUAACAAAAAGAAAGGUUGUGAAAAUGUUUGCUUGA